UCAGCUGUUUCAGGCGGUUUGUUUUGAUUUUAUCAACCAUUUUAACUAUGGAGGACGCUGGAAAUAUGAAUGCUCCAAAAUCAAAAAGGAAGCGGCUGGCAUGGACUGAGCAUGGCGAGGUGGCUCUGCUAGAUUUGUGGGAAGAGCGCGUGGUGGACCUUCGUAGUUCGCGCAAAACCGGCCACAUAUAUGCCCAAAUAGCAGCCGAGCUGGCCAAGCUUGGCCAUAAAUAUAGUGCGCGGGAUAUCCAAGUAAAAUUGGCAAAUUUUACUCAGCGUUACAGGAAAGAGAAAGCGACGAUGGGUGUAUCGCCAUCCUCUUGGCCAUUUUAUGGAAGGGUACACCAGAUCAUCGGGGGUUAUAAAUCAAAUUUGUGUAGCGAGUUGACUCUGGAAACUCUUGAAACUUGCGAUUUGGAAAUAAAGCAAUCGCCGCCUAACUCUUUGCCGUCACCGCCGGAUCCCCUGCCAUCACCGAAUUAUCUGUUACCAUCGCCGAAUUAUCCGCCGCCAUCACCGAAUAAGCCGCUGUCACCGCGGUCAUCGUUAGCAUCGCCAUUGCUCACACCGCUACCCAAGCCUUCGUCGCCAUUGAAUGAGCUGCCAAGCACAUCUGGUUGUGAACCGCAAACUAGAAAGAGAAAGAACAGAGAUUAUUUUUUUAACAAAGUAUUGGAAAAUUUUGAAGAGGUUUCAAGAGAGAUAAGACAACAUUUUAAAGAUAGUAAAGAAUGUGAAAAAGAGUUUGUGGCCAUUGAGAAGGAGAAGUUAGAGGCUUUGAAAGAUAUUAGCAAAGCUAACAUGGAAUUGAAAGAUGCUUUCAUUAGUUUUUUGAACAGAUAAUACUACAAUUAUUUUAUUAUUAGUUUGUAAAAAGGAGUGGCUCAGCUUAAAUCGUGCCUCCAAAAAAAUUUCACCUAUUCUUCAACUCUCGUAUUUGGAUUUUGGUACGAAUUGUAGAAAUAUAUAGUAUGUUGCAAUCCGAAUCGUAUUUUCGAACUUUCGAAAUUCGUAACAAUGACAUGCUUAAAAACGAACGAGUAAGAAAUUGACAGUGUUUAUGCGAAAACCAAUCCGUGUCGGAAGCGAGAUAAAAGAUAUAAUUCGAUGUGCGUUUGCAGGAAAUAUUAGUGGUUUUCUUUUAAACAGACAAAUGUUCCUUCCCGAUGUACGUAUGUUUUUUACCAUUGCUCUAUAUGAACGAACAAAAAAUUACGUUUGUUGCCCCUUAUCGAGCAACUUGGGUCCGGUUUAGUUAUUUGUACAAUGAUUUUCUGUUGUUGUGUCCAAACGCAUAACCCGAUUCUAAAAACAUACACGUGUAAAGAAAGGAUUAAACUCUACACCCCUUUUCUACAACUCUUUUGUAUUCGGAUUUAGCUACGAAUUGUAGAAAAAGACCUCUUUGCGAGUGUCAACCAGUGUUCCCAUUUUGGUGCUUUUGGAACUAGACUUAGCUAUUUAUUUUUCUAUUUAGCUCCGAAAAGCGGAUUUUAGCUCCUAGCUCCUUUUUUUAGUUAUUUUCAAAUUUAUCUAGCACUUUUUAGCUGCAGAAAGUAUUAAGUUGUAUUUGGUAUAUAUAAGCCAAAACUUAAGCGUUGAUAAACUGGAAAAUUUCG